UAUAAUUUUCUUUCAGUCCGAGGAACAAUGUUCAAAUUUACUUUUUUAAUAGGUUUUGUAUUAAUUGGAAGGGUUUAUAUGCUUCUCCCCAAAACCUAUGAUGUCCGUUUUGUGAGUUUCAGUACGACCGGUGAAGGAUACGUCGAUGUGAGUAAAGUACGGCUAACUGGUCGCGAUCACCGUAUCAAUGGAACAUUUGAGGUUUUAAGAGACAUGGGUGAUGAAACCUUUUCUGUGUCCGGAGAGACCUUUAACGAUGUCGAAGGAAACGGAGAGUUCAAGCAGUUGCCCUUCUAUAUGCCGAAGCAACCCAUCUGUAAAAUGCUCCGAACCUAUUGGUCUUACGCUAAGGCAUCAGUGAAGUACGGGGAGAACACCGACUAUCCGGUCGACACACUUCCGUGUCCCAUUCCGAAGGGCACCUAUUAUGUCAAGGAUGUGGAAAUUAAUACAGAUGGCUGGCCGAUGGUGAUACCACGCGGAUUUUUAAAGGGCGUAGCUUCUUUAUAUGAUAAUAACGAAAUGGUGGGAACUCUUUCCGCUCUUAUACACGUUACGGAUAAACACUCAUGAGAUAUUAUAAAUUAAAAAUUAUUGAUUACAUUUUAAUAAAUGAUGUGAUAU